AAUGUAUUUGAAUUUUGGUCCUUCAGUGCAGUGUUGUAAAGGUGACAGCUAGUGUUUCUUUUUCAGACCACAAGUAAAAAGAAGACCAGAAAGCUUCGUGGUCAUGUAAGUCAUGGCCACGGACGUAUUGGUAAACACAGGAAACAUCCUGGUGGUCGUGGUAACGCUGGUGGCCAGCACCAUCACAGAAUCAACUUUGAUAAAUACCAUCCUGGAUACUUCGGUAAAGUUGGUAUGAGGUAUUUCCACAAGACACAGAACAAGUUCUUCUGCCCUACACUGAACCUGGACAAACUUUGGUCCCUUGUGUCAGAACAGACCCGCGAGAAAUACGCCAAUUCUACAGACAAGGCCCCCGUCAUUGAUGUAGUCAGAUCAGGUUACUACAAGGUUCUGGGCAAGGGCCACCUCCCCAAGCAGCCUGUGAUUGUCAAGGCCAAGUUUUUCAGCCAGUCUGCCCAGAAGAAGAUCCGACAGGCUGGUGGCGCAUGUGUUCUUGUCGCAUAGACUGUAUUUGAGGGGGAAAAAAUAAAAGAAAAAAUAUC